AUGGAAAUGGAGGUCAAGACCACCCAGUGGGAGGCAGAGAUGGUAGAUCCUGGGUUCCCACCUGAGCCUCGUUCACUCCACCUGCCGCCUCUGCUUUGUACGCCCUGCAGGAGUUCGCAGCCAACCCACCAGGACUGUAGCCCGCCAGGGUCCUCUGUCCAUGAAAUUAUCCAGGCAAGACACUGGAGUGGGUUGCCAUUUUCUUCUCCAGGGGAUCUUCCCGGCCCAGGUAUUGAACCUGGGUCUCCUGCACUGCAGGUGGAUUCUUUGCCAUCUGAUCCAGGGAAACCCCUCUUUUUUUUUUUUUUAAUAGACUCUUUUUUAGAGCAGUUUUAG